AUGAAUGGUAUAAAAACAAAAGAAGAUCUUGAAUUAGAGUUUUCGAGCUCAGGAGAAAAGGAACGAGCCAAGGAGGUUCUAGUAGCACGGUUACGAAAGGACGGCUGGGUAACUGAAGUAAAGGCGAUGGCUCGCCGAAUGAUCAAAGAGCGAGGUGUGGACAAUGUGAAUCUGGAAAUGCUAUAUGAAGAACUGAAACAGCCUGCACGUCGACUGGUUUCGGAAGAAGCGAAAAAGGAGCUGUAUUUAAUUGUCAGAGAUUGGGUCGCUCAACGUUGUGAUGUAGAAUUGUAA